CUGAAGCAAGGGUACGACUCUCGCUCCCUCUCGGUACCUCGUAACGGCGGGCUGAGAGCGCGCGGCGUUCGUAAACCGCGUCUCGCAUCGUCCUGCCACCGGACCCGAACCCGAAGUCUCGUUUCUUCGUUCGUCUGGAGAAGAAAUCGCGAAUCGAGGGAGAGAUUAGACGCGCGAAUUCGAGAGUUUGUUCGAGAGCUCUGUAAAGAGAGAAAAGAGAGGUGACAUUUUGUUCGGUGGCCAGAGAGAGGGUGGACAGGUUUCGAAGGGUGCGCGCACGCGUGCGCGUGAAUGCGCACGGGCAUCUAACGGGACGGGGAUCGCGAGUCGAAGCGGAUCGCGUCGGGGGUGUAUGCGCGUUAAGCGUGCUCGAUUCGUCGUUGUGGUCGUCGAUUCCAUCGACCGAUCGGUCGCCAGUGUGAAGCUACUUCGACUAAGAGAAUCGAACGGCAAACGGGCUCGAGUCGGUAAAGAGAGAAAGAGGGAGAGAGAUCGUAGUAGCGGCACGCGUCGACGCCUCUCGACGCCGCUGCCCUCCCUUAUUGAUCCAGCCUAUCGACGGCUUCGGUGGUGCUGGCCGAGCAAAGGGAGAGCCAGCAGCGCGUCCUCGAUUCGCUUCGACCAUCGCUUCGACUACUCGAUCGUGACAGCUAGCGGAGGAACGACUAAAAAGGGGUGGUCGAUCGAUCGGAGAAGACCCAGGGGAGGACAUCUUGGAGACUGGCCCUUGCUCUCCCCUCCUCUACCGACACACAGGGGAUGCGCGUUUCGAUCGUGCAAUUGCGUCGGACCUGAAGUCCAGACACACGUUCGAGCUUUGCUAACGAUUCGAGGCACGUGGAGUAGGCAAACGCUGAUCGAUUGGACGGUACUCGCGAUUCGAUUGUCUAUUGAUCCCGGGAUUCGGUUCCGCGUCCUGUUCGUAGAAAGGCGCGCCUGCCGUUUCCGAGUUCUACGAAUCUUAAUAGCGGAAGAGGAAGAUUCUCAGAGCGAACGAGACAUUUGCGGGAGGAUAUAAGUGAAAAUGUAAUAGAUGGAAGAAAUAAACUGGAAGGAGAAAUACACGGAAUAAUUGUUGGUCGAGGAAGAAAUCGAGCGGGAUAGAGGAUCGAAGGGGUUGGCACUCGAUAAUCGGAUCGAGGUGGAGGUGGUUGGCAAGGCCGUGCCGUCGCGGAACGCGUUUAUCGGUCGAAGAUAGGUCGCCGUAUAGUCGAUGUUUAUGCUCGAAGUAUCGGCGCAUCGAGCAACGCUGUAGGUAUCGGAAAAUCGAUAGAAAAGCUAACUGACGCCAGAGGAGAGCGGUGAUGGCGGUGGCGGCGGUGGUGGUGGUAGCGACGAUGCCGGCGGCGCGCACCUAGUGGUUUCUCGCAGCCACGACGACGAAUAUGUCAUCGUUGAAGACGUAAGCUCCGUUCGAGGGUGGUUGUGAACGCGAGCUGCCGGUAUUCGCGCGAAUUCCACACGAAUUCCACGCGAAUUCCACGCGAACUGCGACGACGAUAAACGUAACUGGAAGAAUCGAGAAACCCGUUCGGUUUGCUACCAAAGUGUUUUUCCUACAGACUGUAAAUCCCGCUCGAGAAAGGGGUUAGCCUUUCACGUGGAUCGUGGUGUCUCCGGUUGGAAAGAGAGGGUGAAGACUGGUGCAGGUACGCUCACCGGUGGCGAAAGACAGAGCGCGAGUGAUGUUGUGACGGUGGUGGUAGAAGAAGGAUGUCAGUUGGCGCGGACGCAGUGGUAACGUGUAAGGUGGUGAAAGAGGGAGAAAGACAGAGAGCGUAGCGCGCGUGUAAAGCGGGCUGUGAGUCGCGGGGAAGAAAGGAGAGGAUAUAUCGUACGAGUCGCACCUGGACCCGGAGGAAGCGUAGUUUGAAGGUAGCACGCGUCAGGGUGUCGCGCAGCUGAGAAACGUAAAACGAACGAACGAACGAACGAACUAACGGAAUACAGGGAAAAACACACGAGCACGUCGUUUAAUAGGGUGGACCAGGUGGUAACGGUGCUACUGGUGGUGGUAGUUGGUGGUGGUGGUGGUAGUGAGUCUCGUGGCGAAGAGUAGAGGGGCAUAAGUGAAACGGAACGGAAGGGUCCUUUGGACAGCUCGGGGUACCGGUGGGCACCUAGCGAGAGACGAAGAGAGAUCGACGCACACGGCGAGACAGAGAGCUAUCCCCCUUCUCUACCGUUCCUCUCUCUCUCUUUCUGUUGCUCUUUUUACCCUGAUUCUCUCUCCCUGUCGCUCGACACGAACUAACGUAUUCACUCGAGCGCAGAGUGUGCGUUCUCACUCGCUCCGCGUAUGUCAUGGGCGCACGGUGGUCGUCGCCGCUGUGGUACCGGAUCUCUAUGCCGAUCCGACGUGCUGGAUGUCGUGGAGCAACAGCAACGUCGUCGUCGUCGUCGUCGGUUGACUCGUGGAAAGUAGUAGCGAGAGUAGACGCGUCCUGGUUCACGAGCGACGUCAUCGGUCGCGGUCACGGUGGCGCGUCGAUUCUGAUUCGUUCGAGAUUACCGGACACGAGGAGGUGUUGUUGGUGGUGGUGGUGGUUCACGUCUUCGUUUAUGUCUUCGUUUUCGUUUUCGUCUUCGUCUACGUCGUCGUCGUCGGCGUCGUUGUCGUCGUCGUCGAUGUUGUCGUUUCCCUCGUUGAAAAGUGACGCGAGCCGCGACUGGUCUUCCGCUCAGUGACACGACGAAAUAGCGGGAAAGAAAAGGCGACGAACAAGUGCGCGAGACGAGAAGAGAUAAGAGCGAUUCGUAUUACUGUGCGUGCGUGUAUUACGAGCGAUAGGGGAUAGCGAACGACAGUCAGCAGAGGAAAAAAGGAACGGUGUCAGUUUCGUAGGAUAAUCGCGGAACGACAAGGAAAGAGAAAAUAGUGACGAAGAAGGAGAAAGUGCGCGGGAUUUCGGAGAGACGAACGAUCGUGCCGGUGUGUGCACGCGGUGUGUCCGAGCACGGGAGAGCGAGUGCGCGGCCACCCGAACUAGAUGUGCGUAAAUGGAAGGUAUAGGGGACAUAGCCGAUCAUCAAUCGCAUAGCGAGCAAUUACUGGACUCGGUCGAUUCCCCGGCGGCGGUGUCUACGCAUGGCCGGGGAACCGGUGGGGGUGGCUCGAAUGGGAACUGUGCAGGUGGUGGAGGAAACGGAGGCGGAGGUGGUAACAACAACGGUGGUAGAGGGACGGCGGUCGGUGGGGGUAGACAUCAUCAUCACCACCACCACCAUCACCACCAUCACCAUCAACAACAACAACAACAACAACAACAACAACAUCAACAUCAUCAUCAACAAUCCCAUCACCAUCAUCAACAGCAGUUGCAACAUCAUCAUCAUCAUCCCCUUCAUCACCAUCAUCAACAGCAGCAGCUUCACGAAGGAAGCGGCGAAGGAACGGGGGGAGGAGGUAGACAUCAGAUCGGUGGAAGUGGAAACGGCGGAGGAGGUGGUGGUAAUCCAGAGGGUAUGUCGUCUUCGGCGUCGCAAAGCCCGGACAUCGCGUGCGCGAGCUUGCCGCUGGAACUACUGGCGGCUGGCGCGCUCGGCGUCAAGGAGGAGCGGGAGCUGGCCGCCGCGGAGGAUCUGUCGUCGUCCCAGGAGCCAGCGUGUAGCAGUAACGGGGCAGGUGGUGGCGGCGGUGGCGGUAGUGGCGGUGGUGGCGGUGGCGGUGGUGGUAGU